AUGGCAGAGCUGUUUCUUGGCAAAGUCUUGCUUAAAAACAACCGUGAUCAGGAUGAGCUGGAUACGGACAAGGAGUUGUGUGAGAGGCUGGAGAACCGGGUUCUUCUCUUGUACUUUGCGGAGUCAGGUUCUUCCCGUUGUCAGGAGUUUGCUCCACUCUUGAAGGACUUUUUCACCAAACUGACCGAUGAGUUCUAUGUGAACCGAUCCUCGCAGUUAGCCCUAAUCUACAUAACCCGGGACCGCAAUGAGGAAGACCACGACAGCUUCAUAAAAAACAUGCCAAAACGUUGGCUACUGGUUCCCUUUGAGAAUGAAGAGUUCAGGAGGUAA